UGACGUAAUACGUGAAGAGUGGGAGGAGCUUAGUUUUCAAGUCGAAGAAGGUAUUAGCGUGAAUCCUGUCAACAAACUCACAUAGAGUGUGAUUGUUUACUUGUAUCAAAUGGACAUUUCAUGACAGAAGCACGUUUUGUUCGAGGAAAGUGCUGAUUGGAGGAACGCAGAAUAAAUGUCAUCUGACCUCUGAGCACUGGAACCCCGAGCCAAAACACCCACUUUUAUGUUUUGUGGUGAGGCCAUGACUACGGUCAACAUCACCAGAGAUAUCCUGCACAGGCAGAUCAGAGACAAAAGAGCAUCAGGAUUUCAAAGGUCCUAUCAUGUGACGGACCCCUUCAUCAAAAGGCUUGGGCUGGAGGCUGAGCUUCAGGGUCAUACUGGCUGUGUAAACUGUUUGGAGUGGAAUGAACGAGGAGAUUUACUGGCCUCAGGCUCGGAUGAUCAGCAUGCCGUCAUCUGGGAUCCAUUCAAACACAAGAAGCUUACAACUAUGCACACAGGUCAUGCAGCAAAUAUAUUCUCUGUAAAGUUCCUCCCUCACUCUGGGGACAGAAUCUUGGUCACAGGGGCGGCUGACACAAAGGUCCAUGUCCAUGACUUGACAGUGAAGGAGACCAUCCACAUGUUUUCUGAUCACACUAACAGAGUCAAACGAAUUGCAACAGCACCCAUGUGGCCAAACACCUUCUGGAGUGCUGCAGAGGAUGGCAUCAUUAGACAGUACGACCUGAGGGAGAGCAGUAAACGCUCUGAGGUGCUGAUUGACCUGACAGAGUUCUGCGGUCAGCUAGUCGAGGCCAAGUGUUUAGCGGUCAACCCAAGGGACAAUAACUACCUGGCUGUGGGUGCCAACGGGCCUUUUGUCCGCCUUUAUGACAUUAGAAUGAUUCACAACUACAGGAAAUCAAUGAGUCAGAGCACAUCAGCAGCUGUGCACACAUUCUGUGAAAGGCAGAAGCCUAUACCAGACGGAGCUGGGCAGUAUUAUGUUGCAGGGCACCUGCCAGUGAAACUCCCAGACUACAACAACCGCCUGCGGGUCCUGGUGGCCACCUAUGUCACUUUCAGUCCAGAUGGCACUGAGCUGCUUGUAAACAUGGGUGGUGAACAGGUGUAUCUGUUUGAUUUGACUUUUAAGCAGCGGCCAUACACAUUCUUGCUUCCAAAAAAGUGCCAAUCAUCAACAGUAGAUGUACAGAAUGGAAAAACAACCAAUGGCGUCUCCAAUGGAAUCCACUUGCCAACUAGCCAUAUUCGAUUAGCCGAAAGCAAGAUGCUUUCAAGUUCUACUGAGCUCCCUGCUCACUUAGAGAAGAUAAAACAACAAGCCAAUGAUGCAUUUGCACGGCAGCAGUGGACACAGGCCAUCCAGCUGUACAGUUUAGGUAUUCAUAACGCCAGCUGCAACGCCAUGCUGUAUGGGAACAGGGCUGCAGCCUACAUGAAGCGCAAAUGGGAUGGAGAUCAUUACGAUGCCCUCAGGGACUGUCUGAAGGCGCUGACUCUAAACCCAGGUCACCUUAAGGCUCAUUUCAGACUGGCACGCUGUCUGUUUGAACUUAAGUAUGUGGCUGAAGCUCUUGAGUGUCUGGAUGAUUUCAAAGGAAAGUUUCCCGAGCAGGCGCACAGUAGUGCAUGUGAUGCCUUAGACAAAGACAUAAAGGCCGCUCUCUUCACCAAGACAGAAUCAGCAGAUGAUAAGAAGGCAAACAGCUCCAUUCGAUUCCACUCCUUCAGUCGGAAGGAGUCUAUCCCUGAAGAUGAGCUGGUGUUGAGGGAGCGCAGCUUUGACUAUAAGCACAGAUACUGUGGUCACUGCAACACCACUACUGACAUCAAAGAGGCCAAUUUCUUUGGAAGCAAAGGCCAGUACAUCGUCAGCGGUUCAGACGAUGGCUCCUUUUUUAUCUGGGAAAAGGAGACGACUAAUCUUGUGAGAAUCCUGCAAGGGGAUGAGUCCAUAGUUAACUGCCUGCAGCCCCAUCCCAGCUACUGUUUCCUGGCUACUAGUGGUAUUGACCCUGUUGUGCGGUUAUGGAACCCCAGACCCGAGACUGAGUGUGAAAAUGUCCGAGUGGUGGAGGACAUGGAGGGUGCUGCUCAGGCAAAUCAGCGGCGUAUGAAUGCUGACCCGCUGGAGGUAAUGCUGCUUAAUAUGGGCUAUCGGAUCACAGGCCUGCGUGGUGUCGGCCCAGAAGGCUCGGAUGACGAGGACAGCUCAGAGGGACAAGUGCAGUGUAGGCCAAGCUAGACUGAGUGUCAGCCAAUCGAUUGAAGGCUGUAGAAGGCAAAGCUCUCGCCCAGCUCCCGAUUGAAUCUUAAUCCCCCCCCCCCUCCCAGUCUGACAGAAACAAUGAGCGAAUGUCAUGUCACAUCUCUGCACUAUGCAUCGCCCUCCCCUGUCCAAAGAGAGGACUGACGGAGACCACUUUUGGGGGAGAGGAAUUCAUGGAGGGUGGAGAAGACACGCAUCUCACCUCUUCACAGCACCGAUAACAAGCCUCUCCCUCCAAGCCUCCCAGCGGCAUGGGGACGCCUCUGAGGAGAGCACCUUCACGUCACUCCCCCGUUUCUUACAAAGAAGGAGGAGUUCAGCACUUAUCCCUCCUCAGGUUUAUGUUGGAGAGACACACAACACAUAGAAGAAGAAGAAGCCAGUGGUCAAGUGACCUAUUUUCAGGUCAGGGUGGCCACACAGCUGCAGCGUCCUCCAUGGAGGAUCAGAUCACAGGUUGGAAGACAGCGCAUUGUUGCAUCUCCUGUCUAUACAGCUGGAAGGAGCUCAGAGUUUUAGUGCCCACUUAUUGCAGAGAGCUGCACACCCAAGUCACUGAUCCUGAGUUGGACUUGAUCAUAUUUUCAGUUGAAGUUUUGGUCACAGGAAGCCUAAAAUGAAUUGUUGUGUCGCUUCAAUGAGAUAUAUUUGUAAGCGUUGUUUGAUUUAUAACUUAAAAAAACAAUGGUUUCUAACACCAAAGGUUAUCAUCUGUCAUUGAAAUGGCCAAGGAUUGAAAUUUGUCCUCAUUGUUUCACUGAAAAAUGACUUUGGCAUUCUGUGCUCCUUUUAGUUAAGAGGUUUUACUACAAUAGAUUGUUGACAAGGUCAACAACACAUCAACAAAAUAUGUUUGUAAAAAAAAACGAAAAAACUUUCCAAAACAUUUUUGGUGUUUUAAUCAAGUCAGUGUCAUUUGGCAUGAAAUGUUGGCGUGAAAUUUCUGUUGGGUAGAAACAGGACACAGACUCUGAUUUGUGGUUUGUGGCAACUAAGUAUUUGGUCGUGAUAGGCAGGAACCCUAUCUUUCCUGUCAGCAAGCAGCCUGGGGUCUGGCACUAGUCUUCUACUGCAGUCAGGGGUUCAGUCUUGCUUGUGUGAGGCUUCUCUGAAACGAGUGGCGUGCAAGAAAAGACACAGAGCCAUCCUUUCCAUUGCUCAUUAAACAGCUAAUUUCCCCAUGUGAAGGGGUAAAUGUCAAGAAUGAGUCCUCAACAUGCAACACUAGGCUUCCAUGUGUUUUACGUUGUUCAUUAAUUUUAUGUUUUGUUUUUGUUUUUGAGGAGUCAAAUAAAACCUUUGUUGAAAACAAAGUAAAAAUAUUCAACUAUCGAA